AUGACGUUUCCUAUAUUACCAUUCCUUUCAUCUCCCGAAGAUCCACAAUUUGAUAACUUGAGCAUCACAGGACAAGUUUUGUUUCCAUAUGACUCACUCAAAUUGAGUAAACACUGGAUACAACAAUUUCCAUCACAAUUGGCCAUAUUCGUACAAGUUGAUAAGGAUAUUACUGUGGACCAAAUUACCGAAUUAUUGAACCUAGGCGUUGAGAGAGUAUUCUUGUUUGAUGAGUCACAGUAUGAGUCAGUUUUAAGUGCUGGAUUGCCUGAAGAUAGAUUUGCAGGCCCUGUAUUGCAAUCUAAUCUGUCAUUAAUUGUUAGUGAAAAAUUGGGUGAUUUAAAAAAAUACAACAAUGAUGAGAACAGAGAUGUAUAUUUCGAUUUGACUGGAGGUAAUAUAUCUCAAGAUGAAGUUGAUGAAUUAGCUAAAUUGGGAUACACCAUCAUACUACCAUCAAACACCCUAGUCACAAAGAAACAAGAACCUGGUAAAGUAUCAAUUUCUUCCACAUUUGUUAAUACUUUGGUCACUGAUAGACAAGAUGGGUUAUUCACCACAUUAAUCACAUCUCCAGCACCACAAUACACAGCAUUAGGUAUUGUCUAUUCUUCAAAAGAAUCCAUAAUUGCUGCCAUUGAUGAAAAAGUUGGAGUAUAUCAAUCAAGAAAGAGGACCCAUGAGUUAUGGUACAAGGGCAAAACUAGUGGUGCUACUCAAAAGCUUCUUCAAGUUUCCAAAGAUUGUGAUUCCGAUGUUGUUAAAUUCAUGGUGGAAAAUCGUAAAGGAUAUGGAUUUUGUCAUAAAGCUAGUAAGUAUACUUGUUUUGGUGACAAUUUACAAUCUAAUGGACAUGGGUUAUCGAAAUUGGAUGCUACUCUACAAGAUAGAUUUGAAAAUGCUCCUGAAGGAUCAUACACCAAAAGAUUGUUUAAUGACGAAUCGUUACUUAUUGCUAAAUUGAAAGAAGAAUUGGAUGAAUUGAUUGAUGCAAAGGAUAAUCAAGAUGAAGUUGCUUGGGAAGCGGCUGAUUUAUUAUACUUCGUCAUGUGUUGGUGUAUUAAAAAUGGAGUUAGAUUAAGUGACGUUGAAAAGAAUCUUGACAUCAAGUCGUUGAAAGUGACAAGAAGAAAAGGUGAUGCUAAGCCAGCAUAUUUGGAAAAGAAAGAGAAGAAUGGGCCAGAACAAAAGAAGCCAAAGACUCAAGAAGAUGCAGAUUAUCAAUUGGAGGUUAUUGAUGCUAGCGAUUUAUCUUCUCCAGGUAUUGCUAAAGCCAUGACCAGACCAGCCCAAAAGACAUCUGAAAUUAUGAAAUUAGUGUUGCCAAUUAUUGAAAAUGUAAAGUCCAACGGAGAUAAAGCAUUGUUGGAAUUGACAGCAAAAUUUGAUGGUGUUACAUUAGACACACCAGUACUCAAAGCACCAUUCCCUGAAUCACUCAUGAACAUCUCUCAAGAAAUGAAGAAUGCUAUUGAUUUAUCAAUGUCCAAUAUUGAAAAAUUCCAUGCUGCUCAAUUACCAAAAGAGGCAGUCAUGACAGUUGAAACAGCACCCGGUGUCUAUUGUUCCAGAUUUGCCAAGCCAAUUGAAAAUGUCGGACUUUAUGUACCUGGAGGUACUGCCGUCUUGCCCUCAACGGCAAUGAUGUUGGGUGUGCCAGCAAAAGUAGCUGGUUGUAAAAACAUUGUUAUUGCUUCGCCACCGUCAAGAAGCACGGGUCAAUUAACACCCGAGGUGGUGUAUGUUGCUCAUAAACUAGGUGCUUCAUGUAUUGUUAUGGCUGGCGGUGCACAAGCUAUAACAGCAUUGGCUUAUGGUACCGAAUCAGUUAUAAAAUGUGACAAGAUUUUGGGUCCUGGUAAUCAAUUUGUUACUGCUGCCAAGAUGUAUAUUCAAAAUGAUACACAAGCCUUGUGUUCAAUUGACAUGCCUGCGGGACCAAGUGAAGUAUUGGUGAUUGCUGAUGAAAAUGCCGAUGCUGAUUUUGUAGCUAGUGAUUUAUUAUCACAAGCUGAACACGGGGUUGAUUCCCAGGUCAUAUUAAUAGGAGUUGGUUUAUCUGCUGCCAAGUUGCAAGAAUUUCAACAAGCAGUGACAAAACAAGCUUCAGCCCUACCAAGAAAAGAAAUUGUUGCCAAAUGUUUAUCUCAUUCAUACAUUUUACUUACCAAAUCAUAUCAAGAUGCAUUUGACUUAUCCAAUCAAUACGCACCAGAACAUUUGAUUUUACAAAUCAACAAUGCUGCCUCGUAUGUUCCCGACUACAUUGAAAAUGCCGGUUCAGUGUUUGUUGGUGCAUUAUCACCAGAAUCUUGUGGUGAUUAUUCAAGUGGUACUAAUCAUACAUUGCCCACUUAUGGUUACGCUAGACAAUACUCUGGUGUCAAUACGGCAACUUUUCAGAAAUUCAUCACUUCUCAAGACGUUACUAAACAAGGGUUGCAAAGUAUUGGUAAAGCAGUUAUGACUUUGGCUGCAGUUGAAGGAUUGGAAGCUCAUAGAAGAGCAGUUGAAGUUAGAAUGGAAAAAUUGGGACUACUUUGA